AUAGGUCAGCUUCACAUUUCUGUUGUGAACAGAGAGCAAGAACAUCAGGUCCAACCCAACACUGUUACAGCUGAGGAAAAUGCUAUCAAGCCAAAACUCCAAAUAACAUUCACCACUUAUUCCAUUAAGAAUGGUGAGGCUCUGAAAAUUGAGAUUCCAGUGAUUGGGCACCCAACACCAAAGACUGAAUGGAAGAGAGAUGGUCAGGCAGUUAAGGAGACGUCAAGGCUAGAGAUUUCAAACACACCAUCAUUAACAGUUCUUCAUAUCAGACAUGCUAUAAGGGAGCACUCUGGUCAGUAUUCUGUCACAGCAAGCAACUGUGCUGGAAACAAUACUGGAGAAAUAACUGUGGUUGUUCUUGAGAAGCCUGACCCACCCACAGGACCUGUAAGGAUUGAUGAUGUCAGUUCUGAUUAUAUCACCAUAUCUUGGGAGCCUCCAGAAUACACAGGAGGAUGUCAGUUAGACAACUAUAUUGUUGAGAAACGUGACACUUCAAGUACAGAAUGGCAGAUUGUGUCAGCAACUACAGUUAGAACCAUAAUCAAAGUCACCAAGCUAAAGACAGGUAGUGAAUACCAAUUUAGAGUGUUUGCAGAGAAUAGGUACGGAAAGAGUAAUCCAAUAUCCUCCCCUGUUGUAAUGGCACAGUAUCCCUUUAGUGUGCCCACUGCUCCUGGCACCCCUUCAGCAUCCACAGUAACAAAAUACAGCAUGGUGGUUGAAUGGGAACCUCCAGCUAAAGAUGGAGGCAGCCCUAUUACUGGCUACUACCUUGAACGCAAAGAAAGGAACAGCAUUCUAUGGACCAAAAUAAAUAAGCUUGUUAUAACUGAUCCUCGCUUCAAAACAACCGGACUAGAGGAAGGAAUUGAGUAUGAAUUCAGAGUAUUUGCUGAGAACAUUGCUGGACUCAGCCCAUCAAGCAAGACAUCUGAAGCUUAUGUGGCUAGAGAUCCCUGUGACCCACCUGGCAAACCUGAAGCUAUCGUCAUCACGAGGGAACAUAUUACACUGCAGUGGGCAAAACCUCAGUAUGAUGGAGGAAGUACCAUCACAGGCUAUGUUGUUGAAAUGCAAGAGCUACCUGAUAGCAGAUGGAUGAAGGCAAACUUCACCAAUGUUAUUGAAAAUCAGUUCACAGUCACAGGUCUAACAGGAGGUCACAACUACAAGUUUAGGGUAACUGCCAGGAAUGGUGCUGGCGUUUGGAGCACACCAUCUGAAAGUACAACCAUCACUGCCCAGGAUGUUAUCGAAAAACCAACAGCACUCAUGGAUCCCAAGUUUAAGACUGCCACUAUUGUUCAAGCAGGUGAGACAUUUACAAUCGAUGCCGAUUACUCAGGGAAGCCUCUUCCUGAAAUAAGGUGGUUUAAGGAUGGAAAGGAAAUUGACAAUACUACACCAAGAAUGGAGGCAAAAAACACACUCACUCAUACAGCUUUGACUGUUAGGGACUGUACAAGAGUAGAUGGGGGACGCUUUGUCUUGAGCCUUACUAACAUGGGUGGAACUGCAACUAUCCCCGUUGUUGUAAAGGUCCUGGAUAGACCAGGUCCUCCAGAUGGACCUUUUAAUGUGAAAGUUGUCAGUGCAGAGAAAUGCCACCUUCACUGGAACCCGCCUUUAAAUGAUGGUGGUGCCAGUGUUUCCCACUAUAUCAUUGAAAAAAGGGAGACUAAGCGUGUUUCCUGGACAGUGGUUGAGCCUCACACUGAAACCACCAGCUACAAAGUGACAAAACUGGUCCCUGAAAAAGAAUACAUAUUCAGAGUCACUGCGGUGAAUAGAUUUGGUGUUGGUGAAAGUCUAGAAUCUGACCCCUUUAUUGCACAAAACCCUUUUACAACACCUAGUAUGCCCUCGACCCCUGUGGCCACUGCUGUGACUAGUGACUCCGUAAUUCUUUCAUGGGAAAGGCCAGAGAAUGAUGGAGGCUCAGAGAUUGAUGGUUACAUCCUGGAAAGACAUGACAAAGAUGGUGUCCGGUGGACUAAAUGCAACAAGAGAAGAAUAACUGACUUACGUUUCCGAUGCACAGGGCUCUCUGAGGGACAUUACUAUCAAUUUAGGGUAUCUGCAGAGAAUGCUGCAGGUGUUGGUGCAUCAAGUGAACCAAGUGAGUACAUCAAGAUUUGUGAAGCCACUUACCCACCUGGCCCGCCUACCAACUUCAAAGUGGUAGACCAUUCCAGCAGUAGUGUAUCUCUAUCCUGGUCAAAGCCCAUCUAUGAUGGUGGAGCUACCAUCAUUGGAUUCAUUGUUGAGAUGAAAACAGCAGCAGAGGAUGAAUGGAUAACAUGUACACCAAGCCUGGGUAUUGCAGACACAACCUUUAUCAUGAAUAGACUGAGAGAAAACACUGAGUACAAUUUUCGUGUAAGUGCAAUGAAUUCCGCUGGAAAUGGAGAGCAUGUGAAGCUACCUGAGAUGGUAAAAGCAUCUGAAAAACUGGAGGCACCUGAGUUUGAGUUGGAUAGUGCCUUGAGGAAGAUUGUAAGUGUUCGGGCCUGUUCCACACUGCGUCUUUUUGUUACCAUUAAAGGAAGCCCAGAGCCUGAGGUCACAUGGUCAAAAGAAACAGGAACUCUUAGUGAGCGUGCUCAAAUUGAGGUAGCACACUCACACACGGUAUUACUGAUUGAGAAUGUAAAUAUCAAUGACACAGGAAAGUAUAUUUUGACAGCUAAGAAUUGUUGUGGCUCCAAAUCCACAUUCAUCAACGUUAGAGUGUUGGACUCCCCCAGUGCGCCAAUAAAUUUGGAGGUGAAAGAUGUAAAGCGUGACUCUGUGUCCAUCUCAUGGGAAGCACCUCUCAUUGAUGGAGGAGCAAAGAUUUCACAUUAUAUAGUUGAGAAGAGAGAGGAGGCCAGAAAGGCAUUCACCAGCGUUUGUAGCAACUGUGUCAGAAACUCAUACAAGAUCGAUAGUCUCCAAGAAGGAUGCUUCUAUUAUUUCCGUGUCCUGGCUGUGAAUGAGUUUGGUGUUGGACUGCCAGCUGAGACCGCUGAUGCUGUUAAGGUGUGUGAAGCUCCUCUGCUGCCCAGUAAAUUCACACUCUGUGAUGUCACUGGCAAUAGUGCAAGACUCUCAUGGGGUAAACCUGACCAUGAUGGAGGAAGUAAAAUCACAGCUUAUAUUAUAGAAAUGCGGGAUAAGGAAGAUGACAACUGGACAAUCUGCUCAGAGAUUAAAGCACUAGAAGUGACUGUCAAUGGGCUAGCACAAGGAAAGGAGUAUUACUUCAGAGUGCGUGCUGUAAAUGAAAAGGGACAAAGUGAACCAAAGUCACUUUUGGCACCUGUUACUGUGAAGGACCUGACUGCUGAACCUGUUAUUAAUCUACUGUGUAAUACAUUCAGUGUGAAGCCAGGAAAUGAUUUAAAGAUCGAUGUGCCAUUCAAAGGAAUACCAUUACCAACGGUCACCUGGAAAAAGGAUGGCAACGUACUGAAAGAGACGAGCAGAGUAAAUGUGCACACAUCUGACACGUCAUCUCUGAUCACUAUCAAAGAUGCAACCAGGGUAGAUGCUGGAGUGUACGAGGUGACCCUGAGCAACUCAGCUGGGACAAAAUCUACUGACAUCAUUGUUAAUGUUUUUGAAAGACCUGGACCACCAAGUGAUAUCAGAGCGGAUGAAGUUAGUGCUGACUCUGUCUCUCUGUCAUGGCAGCCCCCACGUUACACUGGUGGGUGUCAAAUCAAUAAUUAUGUUGUUGAGAAAAGAGAUACAAGCAGUACAUUAUGGCAGACUGUGUCAGCAACAGUUGCCAGAACAUCAAUCAGAAUUUCCCGUCUGACACAAGGCAUUGAAUACCAGUUUCGUGUUGCUGCAGAGAAUCGCUAUGGCAAAAGCCAGUUUGUUGACUCUGAGGCUAUUGUUACACAGUAUCCCUUCAAAUCUCCUGGAAGUCCUACCAACCUCCAUGUUGCCCAUGCUUCAAAGUCUGUCAUGAUAGUUGCUUGGAGCCCACCAGACAGUGAUGGUGGCAGCCCUAUCAUUGGUUAUCACAUUGAAUGCAAAGAUCAAAGCAGCAUUCUGUGGACAAAGUUAAACAGAAGUCCAGUGACCGACAACCAGCUCAAGGUAACAAGUAUUGAAGAGGGUCUGGUAUAUGAGUUCCGGGUCUGUGCUGAGAAUAUCGCUGGUGUUGGACCUCAUAGUAAGGCAUCUGAGCCUGUAGCAGCAAGGGACCAGUGUGACCCACCUAAAAACCUCACUGUCAUCAGUAUAACUAACACCUCAGUUUCUCUGUCUUGGGACAAACCAGAAUAUGACGGCGGAGCAAAAAUAACUACUUACAUUGUUGAACGUAAAGAGCUUCGAGACAGUUGCUGGCUUAAGUGCAACUUCACCACCUUACUGGACACCUAUUUGGAAGUGACUGGCCUUACAGAGGGUGAACAGUACAAUUUCCGUGUUAUUGCAAAGAAUGCAGCUGAAUUCUUUAGUGCACCAUCUGAAACAACUGGACCUAUUACAGUGCGGCACAAUGUGGAUCCACCCACCAUUAUGCUGGAGCACAAAUAUAGACAGGCGGUGGUUGUCAGAGCUGGAGAGCUCCUAAGAAUCGAUGCAGACAUCUCUGGCCGACCCCAUCCUACACUGUCAUGGUCAAAGAAUGGUAUGAUCAUUAGUACGAAGGGGAGAGUUGAAUUAACCUCAACAAACAGGCAUACCUCCCUCGUUAUCAAGCAAUGUGUCCGGAAAGACUCUGGACAAUAUAUUCUGACUCUACAAAAUCCAGGUGGUACUACCUCUGAGACAAUCACCUGUAAGGUCCUGGACAGGCCUGGCCCACCUGGUGGACCUCUGUUAGUGUCUGGACUCUCAUCAGAAAAAUGCACCCUUUCCUGGGCCCCCCCACAUGAGACAGGUGGUGCUGAGAUAAUGCAUUAUGUUGUUGAGAAAUGUGAAACUGGCCGUGUAGCCUGGACCCUUGUGUAUAGUGACAUGAUGGCUACUUCUUGCAAAAUCUCUAAGCUGCUGAAAGGAAAUGAGUACCUGUUCAGGGUGAGGGCAGUGAACAAAUAUGGAGAUGGAGAAUUUUUGGAAAGUGAACCCAUCAAGGCAAUGGAUCCCUUUACUGUCCCAUCUGCUCCUACUGAUGUUGAAGUUACAAAUGCAACCACUGAGGCUAUGACCAUAUGUUGGAAAAGACCUGCCUCUGAUGGUGGUAGCCGCAUCAAUGGGUAUAUCAUUGAGAAGAGGGAGAAACAGGGCCUUCGAUGGGUUCGUGUAAACAAGAAGCCUGUAUAUGACCUACGAGCCAAAGCCUCUGGUUUACGUGAAGGAUGUGAGUAUGAAUUUAGAGUCUUUGCUGAGAAUGCUGCUGGGCUAAGUGACCCAAGUGUCCCGUGCCUGCUCACCCUGGCAGAGGACCCCAAAUUUCUACCAUCUCCUCCAGCAAAGCCCACCAUACUCGAUUCCUCCAGGUCUUCCAUCACUCUGACAUGGAACAAGCCAGUAUUUGACGGUGGUGCAACAAUUACUGGGUACAGAGUGGAAUUUAGGAAAGCUGUUGAAGCAGACUGGACUGUUGGUGUCCUAAACACAGAUAAAACAGAGUUUACAGUUACUGGACUAAAAUCAGGCACUGAAUAUGUGUUUGUUGUUCGUUCACUAAAUAGAAUUGGUAUCAGUGAGCCUAGCCCUGAGUCAGAUGCUCAGAUGGCCACUGACAGAGAGGAAGAGCCAAGUUUUGAAAUUAGUAAUGAGAUGAGGAAGACCCUCCUUGUCAAAGAUGGCAGUUCCUUCACUUUAAUGGUGCCUUUUAAAGGCAAACCUGCUCCCACUGUGUCAUGGGAUAAAGCAGAUGUAGAUCUACGGGUCAGGGGCCUCAUCAACACCACCAGUUCUGUCACCUCUAUUACAGUAGAACGAGCCACACGCGAUGACACGGGCAAAUACACAGUCAACCUGCAAAAUGUUGCUGGGACCGCUACACUGACCUUGAAUGUGAGGGUUUUGGAUUCACCUGGACCUCCUACUCGUGUAGCAGUUAAAGAUGUGACCAAAAACUCUGCCACUGUCACCUGGGACACCCCUGAGAAUGAAGGAGGGGCCCCAGUGAAGAAUUACCGUGUGGACAUCCGAGAGAUCAGCAGAAAAGGGUGGACAAGACUGACAGAUACGUGCCACAGACUGUCCUACAAGGUAUCUGACCUAGAGGAGGGAGGAGUCUACUUCUUUCGAGUCACUGGUGAAAAUGAGUAUGGUAUUGGAGUUCCAGCUGAGACCGAGGAGGGGACAAAAAUAACAGAAAAAACUGACUGGGAGACAGAGCCAUGAGACAACACUGCUUCCUGCACAGUACCAUCUCUUCUUAUCAAGAUUCUCAUCUAUCCACUCUGUUCAUUCGUUAUUAUAAUUAAUUAAUUAAUCAUUCAUUAUUAAUUCUCCAAAGCUCACAAGGUUUUUUCAAUAAAUGGAUCUUUUUUGUAUGGAUACAUUUUGAGAUGAAACCAACUAUUUUGUAGAUAUAUUACAAAGAUUUAUUUAUGUUUGGACAUUGGCAAUGCAUUGAAAAAAUGUUUAUGUACUGAUUUAUUUUUGAUGUGGUUGAAAAGCUAUGAUAAAAUGAGGGGAAGUUUUUACUACAGUUUUAUUUAGACAUUUAAUGGUUUUCGUUGAAAAUGUGUUUUUGGUCAACUUCCAAUAUAUUAUUUAAAAUUUUGAAAAUUUACUCGGUUUUACACAAUUACACUGUGAUAUUGCUGCAGAUUAUUGAUUCAUAUGAUUUACAACAAAUGGCACAUAACACUAACAAGUACAGAAGGUAGGAUAUUGGAGAAAUGAUGUACACCUGUUAAGCAAGACACAGGACUAUGUAACAUACCCAGGACUCUUGUAAUCAGCAUUUUUUUUUUUUUUGUCAGUUAUUAUGUUAUGAAAUGUGGCUGUACCUGCAAGGGUGGCUUAAUUCAUUUAAAAUUUCCAGAA